ACCAUGGCACCAUAUCUGCAAGAACAAACCAUACCAGCAAGCCCAGACACGGUCAACGUCAAGACAUCUACAACCACCAAGCCCAUCACCUACGAACCCGGUCGAACGAUUGCAGAGACCCACGACGACGACUACCCCUACACCCACCUCCUACCCACCUUCCCAGACCUGAAAUGGGAUCCCCUGACCAAAGUCCCUCACCACGACAAAGGCCUCCUCGGCAGCCCAACCUUCUCCUCUCUCCUCUCCACCGCAACCUCCAUCCGCGACUACAACCCCAAACUCGGCACCGAAGUCGGCGGCAUCGAUCUCGCUUCCCUUGACGACGCACAAAAAAACGACAUCGCUAGAUUGAUAGCGACACGAGGUGUGGUGUUUUUCCGCAAUCAGAAAAACUUUACGGUGGAAAAGCAAAGGGAAUUGGGACAGUAUUUUGGUACACUGCAUAGACAUGCUACUACCAGUGUGCCGAAGCAAAAGGGAUUGGAAGAUGUACACGUGGUGUUUGCGGAAGGAGCAAAGGGAGCGAGAAACAAUGUGUUUUCACCAAGUUUCUUGUGGCAUAGUGAUAUUGCUCCAGNNGUGACCUACGAACUCCAACCCCCUUCCUACACAUCUCUGAAACUGCUCUCCGGGCCUCCCCAAGGUGGUGGCGGCACAACACUCUGGUCCUCGCAGUAUGCAGCCUACGACGCUCUAUCCACCCCCAUGCAAAUCUACCUCUCCUCUCUCUCAGCAAUCCACUCUGCAGACAUGCAAGCCGCAGACUCGAUCCGUGGAAACAGACCGGUGCGUCGCGACCCCAUCACCACCAUUCACCCUUUGAUCCGUGUAAACCCCGUCACGGGCUGGAAGAGUUUGUUCUACAAUCCGGGCUUCGUGACCGGUAUCGUGGGGAUUCCGAGGUUGGAGGCCGAGUGUAUCAUCAAGUAUCUGAAUGAGCUUGUUGCGACGACCAACGAGAUUCAUGUGAGCUUUGAUUGGGGAAAAGAGGAUGUUGCGUUUUGGGAUAACAGGGUUUGCAACCACUCUGCAACAUAUGGCUUUGCUCCUCACCGUAGACAUGCGGUUAGAGUGGCUACUCAUGGCGAGAGACCUUAUUGCUCUGCAGAAGGAAGGUCUCAAGAAGAAGAGUUGAACGAGAGGUAUGCGAUUCCGGCUGGCAACAAGGAUUCCAGUGGUGUGGGUAACUAUAACGAUUGA